AUGAAGCUCUUAGCCCUCUUCACGGCCCUCACAGGCCUAGCCCUGACCACCGCUCUCCCCGCCAUCCCCGUCACACGCACCACCAAAGAAAUCUGGCAACCCCCCGUAGGAGCCAGCUGGCAAAUCGUCCUCUCCGGCGCGUUGAUCGACCAGUCCAGCUCUGCCUCCAUCUACGACAUCGACCUCUUCGAGAACCCCGCCUCCACAAUCUCCUCCCUCCACGCCCAGAACAAGAAGGUCAUCUGCUACUUCUCCGCAGGGACCUACGAGGACUGGCGCCCCGAUGCCAAAUCCUUCUCCAAAUCAGACAUCGGAUCCCCGCUGGACGACUGGGAGGGCGAGAGCUGGGUGGACCUGCGCUCGAAGAAUGUACGCCAGAUCAUGAAGAAGCGUCUUGACAUGGCCGUGGAAAAGGGCUGCGACGGCGUCGAUCCCGACAAUGUCGACGCAUACGGGAAUGGCCAUGGCGGGUUUAAUCUGCAGCAGUCCGACUCGGUGGAUUACCUGAACUGGCUUUCUGGGGAAGCUCAUGCCCGUGGACUGGCGAUUGGGCUGAAGAAUGCGGGGGCGAUUAUUGAUGAUGUUCUUCCCAAUAUGCAGUGGGCUGUUAAUGAGCAGUGUACGGAGUGGGAUGAGUGUGGGGAUUUCAUGCCCUUCGUUGAUGCGGGCAAGCCGGUUUUUCAUAUUGAGUAUCCGAAGGGGGAUGAGACGGAUGAUGAGGUUAUGGUUAGGGGGAGGAAGAAGGAGGAGGCGUGUGAAUUUGAUGGGGCGAGGAGGUUCUCGACCCUGAUUAAGAAUAUGAAGCUGGAUCAUUGGGUGCAGGAGUGUUGA